CACAAACACAUUCACCUCCAACAAUUGUUUCUUCUCUUUAAUCUCCUGUUUCCUGGCCACGACUUUCAACAGGAGCUUUUCUUUUAUUUCUGUCUUUCCUUUCUUUUCCGUCUUCACGCUGAUCUUGCACCAGUCGCACAGUAUUUGGUGGAUGAGGUCGUCCUGCGGCCUAACAACGUAAACAUGGCUCCUCUUCCCAUCAAAUUCACAGAGCUGUUGCAGUUAACGAAUGUGGAGAUCGAGCCAUCAUCAAUUGGCUUCAACUCAUGUACUCUAGAAUCAGAUCACUACAUUUGUGUGCGACAAAAGGUCAACGAGACCGACAAGCCCCAAGUUAUCAUCGUCGAUCUGAAAAACAACAAUGAGGUUAUUCGACGCCCUAUCAAUGCCGACAGUGCCAUUAUGCACUGGUCGCGAAACGUCAUUGCGUUAAAAGCCCAGUCGCGCACCAUCCAGAUCUUUGAUCUCCAAGCCAAGCAAAAGCUCAAGUCUGCAUUGAUGAAUGAAGAUGUCGUGUACUGGAAAUGGUUCAGCGAGUCGAGCUUGGGUCUCGUUACGGACACAUCUGUCUAUCACUGGGACGUUUUUGAUGCCAACCAGCCAAACCCGGUGAAACAAUUUGACCGACUUCCAAACUUGAGCGGAUGCCAAAUUAUUAACUACCGAGUAAACGACGAUGCGAAGUGGAGCGUAGUCGUCGGUAUCAGCCAACAGCAGGGCCGUGUCGUCGGCUCAAUGCAGUUGUACUCCCGCGAGCGUUCGAUUUCCCAGUCAAUAGAAGGUCAUGCUGCCGCUUUUGCCUCGAUCAAGGUAGAAGGAUCUCCUCUACCACACAAGCUCUUCACUUUCGCCGUCCGAACACCCACUGGCGCCAAGCUGCAGAUUGCAGAGAUCGAUCACCAAGAGCCCAAUCCCCGCUUUCAAAAGAAGGCCGUGGAAGUGUUCUUCCCCGCUGAGGCCGUUAAUGAUUUCCCGGUCGCUAUGCAAGUAUCCAGCAAGUAUGAUAUUGUCUAUCUUGUUACCAAGUAUGGUUUCAUCCACUUGUAUGACCUGGAGACCGGCACGUGCAUUUUCAUGAACCGAAUUUCUAGCGAGACGAUCUUUACCACUGCCCCUGAUUCGGAGUCAGCGGGUCUUGUUGGUGUUAACCGUAAGGGACAAGUCCUUUCAGUCAGCUUAGAUGAGAACACGGUUAUACCAUAUCUCAUGGAGAAUCCGGCUAUGUCAGGUCUAGCUGUGAAGCUUGCGUCUAAAGCUGGCUUGCCGGGAGCCGACCACCUUUAUCAACAACAAUUCGAAAACUUGCUCGCUCAGCAAAACUAUUCAGAGGCAGCUAAGAUUGCGGCCAACUCUCCAAGAGGGUUCUUGCGUACUCCUGAGACUAUUAACCGCUUCAAGAAUGCACCUCAAACUGGCCAGCAAAUGUCAGUUAUUCUUCAAUACUUCGGCAUGCUGCUAGAUAGAGGCAGCCUGAAUCGUUACGAAAGUUUGGAGCUAGUACGUCCUGUGCUUCAGCAAAACAGGAAGCAUUUGUUGGAGAAGUGGAUGUCUGAAGACAAGCUCGAGGCGUCGGAAGAUCUCGGUGAUCUUGUUCGUCCACAUGAUAUGAACUUGGCUCUGCAAAUUUACUUGAAGGCCAAUGUUCCCCACAAGGUUGUUGCUGGCUUUGCUGAGACCGGCCAAUUUGAGAAGAUUCUUCCAUACGCAAAGCAGGCUAACUACCAGCCUGACUUCACCCAACUCCUCCAGCACAUCGUGCGUAUCAAUCCUGAGAAAGGAGCCGAGUUCGCUACACAGCUCGCCAACGAAGAGACUGGCGCUCUGGUUGAUCUUGACCGUGUUGUCGAUGUCUUCCUUUCUCAGAAUAUGAUCCAGCAGGCCACGUCAUUCUUGUUGGAUGCUCUGAAAGACAACAAGCCCGAACAGGGCCACCUCCAAACUCGUUUGUUGGAGAUGAACCUUAUCAAUGCCCCUCAAGUAGCCGAUGCUAUUCUUGGUAAUGAAAUCUUCACCCAUUACGACAAGGCCCGGAUUUCACAGCUUUGCGAAAAUGCCGGCCUCAUUCAGCGUGCUCUGGAAAACACCGAAGACCCUGCCGCUAUUAAACGAAAUAUUGUUCGCACCGACAGCCUGAACGCUGAAUGGCUGAACAAGUAUUUUGGUCGCCUUUCUCAGGAACAAGCUUUGGAGUGCUUGGACGAGAUGUUGAACUUCAACAUUCGCCAAAACCUUCAAGCUGUCGUACAAAUUGCGACUAAAUUCUCGGAUCUUGUGGGUGCUAAUCGCCUUAUCGAUCUUUUCGAGAAGUACCGUACUGCCGAAGGUCUCUAUUACUACUUGGGAAGCAUUGUCAACCUCAGUGAAGACCCAGAGGUUCAUUUCAAGUACAUCGAAGCUGCUACUACCAUGGGUCAGAUGACCGAAGUAGAACGCAUUUGCCGUGAGAGCAACUACUACAACCCGGAGAAGGUGAAGAACUUCUUGAAGGAGGCCAAACUUACAGAACAACUUCCAUUGAUCAUUGUCUGCGAUCGAUUUAAUUUCAUCCAUGACCUAGUUUUGUAUCUCUACCGCAACCAACAGUACAAAUCCAUUGAAGUCUACGUUCAGCGAGUCAAUCCUUCUCGUUCUCCAGCCGUCGUCGGCGGUCUGUUGGACGUUGAUUGCGAUGAAGGCAUUAUCAAGAACUUGUUGUCAACUGUGGACCCAUCUCAGAUUCCUAUUGAUGAAUUGGUUCAGGAAGUUGAAUCGAGAAACCGCCUCAAGCUCCUGUUGCCAUUUUUGGAAAACACCCUGGCCACCGGCAACCAGCAACAGGCAGUGUACAAUGCCCUGGCGAAGAUCUACAUUGACAGCAACAACAACCCCGAGAAGUUCUUGAAGGAGAACGAUAUGUACGAUACUUUGACAGUCGGUAAAUACUGCGAGAAACGAGACCCCAACCUGGCAUACAUUGCUUACAGGAAGGGUCAAAAUGAUCUGGAGCUUAUUAACAUCACAAACGAGAACGCGAUGUACAGAGCGCAAGCUCGUUACCUUCUGGAGCGCGCUGACACUGAAAUUUGGUCGUUCGUUCUCAACGAUAACAACAUCCAUCGACGUUCUGUUGUGGACCAGGUCACUGCUACCGCUGUCCCGGAAUCUACCGAGCCCGACAAGGUCUCCAUCGCAGUUAAGGCAUUCUUGGAUGCUGAUCUGCCUACCGAGUUGAUCGAACUGCUUGAGAAGAUCAUUCUUGAGCCCUCGCCUUUCAGCGAUAACAGCAGCUUGCAGAACUUGCUCAUGCUUACCGCUGCCAAGGCUGACAAGGGUCGCUUGAUGGACUAUAUCCACAAACUUUCUGAGUUCAAUGCGGAUGAGAUUGCCCAAAUGUGCAUCUCCGUUGGUCUUUACGAAGAAGCAUUUGAAAUCUACAAGAAAGUCGACAACCACAGUGCUGCUACUAAUGUGUUGGUCGAGAACAUUGUUAGCAUCGACCGUGCCCAAGAGUAUGCCGAACGUGUUGAGCUCCCAGAAGUUUGGAGCAAGGUUGCAAAGGCUCAGCUGGACGGCCUUCGUGUUACCGACUCCAUCGAAUCGUACAUCCGAGCUAGUGAUCCAUCCAACUAUACCGAAGUCAUCGAGACUGCCACUCAUGCUGGCAAAGAUGAGGAUCUCGUGAAAUACUUGAAGAUGGCCCGAAAGACUUUGCGAGAGCCAGCUAUUGACACUGCUAUGGCUUUCUCUUACGCUCGACUGGAUCAGCUAGCUGAACUUGAAGACUUUUUGCGUGCCACCAAUGUUGCUGAUAUCGAGGCAUCUGGUGACAAGGCUUACGAAGAAGGAUUCCAUGAGGCUGCCAAGAUUUUCUUUACUAGUAUCUCUAAUUGGGCCAAGCUUGCCACCACCCUCGUCCACCUCGAAGACUACCAAGCCGCCGUUGAGUGCGCUCGUAAGGCCAACAGUGUCAAGGUCUGGAAGCAAGUCAACGAGGCAUGUGUCAACAAGAAGGAGUUCCGCCUUGCUCAAAUCUGUGGUCUUAACCUCAUUGUUCACGCCGAAGAGCUCCAGGAUCUUGUCCGCCAGUACGAACGCAAUGGUUACUUUGACGAGCUCAUUUCCCUCCUCGAAGCCGGCUUGGGCUUGGAACGGGCUCAUAUGGGAAUGUUUACCGAAUUGGGUAUUGCACUAUCCAAGUACCAUCCUGACCGUGUCAUGGAGCACAUCAAGCUGUUCUGGUCUCGUAUCAAUAUCCCUAAGAUGAUACGCGCCUGUGAAGAAGCCAACCUUUGGCCCGAGCUUGUGUUCUUGUACUGCCACUAUGACGAAUGGGAUAAUGCCGCCCUUGCUAUGAUGGAGCGCGCAGCUGAGGCUUGGGAACACCAUUCUUUCAAGGAUAUCAUUGUCAAGGUGGCUAACCUGGAAAUUUACUACCGUGCUCUUAACUUUUACCUUCAGGAGCAACCUCUUCUGCUCACUGAUCUCCUCCAGGCCCUAACAGCUCGUAUCGAUGUCAGCCGUGUUGUCCGCAUCUUCCAAGCCUCGGACAAUAUUCCUCUCAUCAAACCGUUCUUGUUGAAUGUUCAGACUCAAAACAAGCGUGCCGUUAACGAUGCCAUUAAUGACUUGCUUAUCGAAGAGGAAGACUACAAGACACUUCGGGAUUCCGUUGAGAACUACGACAACUACGAUCCCGUCGAUUUGGCCCAGCGCCUGGAGAAGCACGAUCUUGUUUUCUUCCGUCAAAUCGCAGCCAACAUUUACCGCAAGAACAAGCGUUGGGAGAAGUCGAUCGCUCUAUCGAAACAAGAUAAGCUUUUUAAGGAUGCCAUCGAGACGGCUGCCAUUUCCAGCAAAGGAGAAGUUGUCGAAGAAUUAUUGCGCUACUUUGUUGAUAUUGGAAGCCGCGAAUGCUACGUUGGUAUGCUAUACGCGUGCUACGAUCUCAUUCGUCCGGAUAUUAUCUUGGAAAUUUCAUGGCGCCACGGUUUGAACGACUUCACGAUGCCAUAUCUGAUCAACAUGUUGGCGCGGCAAACACUCACGAUCGAGGAGCUCAAAAAGGACAACGAGGAGCGCAAAGCACAAGAGAAGACCCACCAGAAGGAGGAUGACAACGCUCCUAUUUUGGGCUCACGUCUGAUGCUCACCCAAGGACCGAUGUCAGGCAGUCCUGCUCCUUUCCAAGCCAACGGCAUCGCUCCACAGGCUACCGGAUUCAGGCCUUUUUAAAUAAUAGACGGCCCGCAUCGAAUAAUUUCCAUAUGUAAUCAAUGAUUUGUAAUCUAACGAUAGGUGCUGCUGCACGGUUUGCGAUCAGGAUCGAAUUAGAGGUUCUCGUUUUAUGAUGCAAGCUUUGCAGGGGAGAGGAGCGGUUGGGUUUCAUUUUCUUUUAUUCUUUUCUUUUACCUCUCUUCUUCAGCAAUGAUGUAUUUCGAUAUGCGAAACCUUGAUGUUACUUUACAAACUGGUUUGUACUUAAAAAGCAUACCAUUACAUUUACUUUAA